AUGGGUCCUCUAAACGUAAUCGACAAUGCUGAUACCUUGCUACGCACACCACCCAAAUCUGUACUUCCAAAAACUCAACAAGAGAUACAUGGUCUGAAAAAAAGAAUUUUGUACAGAUACAGAAACGAUGCCCGGAGAGAAAAGACUAGCCACAGUGAGAAGAAAUGUAAGAAGAUUAAAGAAGAACGAAAACAACCUACUGAUACUGAAUCAUCAUUCCAUUCAGCGUUAAAGGACAGUCGGUUCAUUGAAGAGUUCGAAUACCUGAACAAAAUUGACGAAGGAUCAUAUGGCGUUGUAUACAGAGCUCGCGAUAAGUCGACAGAUGAAAUAGUUGCUCUGAAACGACUUAAAGAUCUGAACGAAAGCGAAGGAUUCUCCAUCGCUGCUCAGAGUGAGUUGAACACCCUACUCAAAUUACGACAUCCUAAUAUUGUCGCAGGGCGGGAGAUAGCGGUGGGCUCUAGAAGCAAUGAGAUCUAUCUCGUUUUGGAGUACGUGCCGCACCAGUUGAAAAGUUUAUUGCGCUCGGCGCGGGAAAAUCAUCUAAUGUUUUCCCCCGAACACAUCAAAUGCGUAAUGACGCAACUUUUGAAAGCUGUAGAACAUCUUCACGACAAUCACAUUAUCCAUAGAGAUCUCAAGACCGACAACAUACUUUUGUCUCAAGAUGGUGUUCUAAAGGUGGCAGAUUUUGGAUUGGCCCGAGAAUAUGGAUUCCCCCUUCAACAAUAUACUCCGGGCGUGGUAACACUGUGGUACCGAGCGCCUGAACUACUGUUACUUAGCCCAGAAUACUCAACCCCUAUAGACAUGUGGAGUGUUGGGUGUAUAUUUGCUGAGUUAGUUAACUUGCGGCCACUAUUUCCCGGCACAUCUGAGCUGGAUCAAGUGCACAGAAUCUUUUUGGGUUUGGGUACGCCGUCUGACGCAGUUUGGCCUGGCUACAGCUCAUUGCCACCAGUAGGAAACAUAAUUUUCGACGACUAUCCACCGGGCGGGUUGCGCAACAAAAUAAGUCAGAAAUCGUUUUCUGAAGACGGGCUAUGUUUACUUCAAGGUCUUUUAACCUACGAUCCUGCAAGAAGAACAACAGCAGCCGCAGCUUUAGAGCACGCAUACUUCAAGGAGCAGCCGGUGGCAGUCGAGCCGGCCAUGUUCCCGAUGUCGAUAGAGUCUGUGGACAGCGGUCAGUACUCCGGCGCGGAAAUGGGUGAAGAUCGCGGCUCUUACUAUAGUACCUGCUUGGAUUCUCUAGAAAACGACGUACUUAUUAUUGACGUUUGA